CUCAAUGGCCUCCCAGAAGAAGAACCUUCAAGGUCUGGUUGCUGCAACCAUCACGCCGAUGACCGAGCAUGGAGAAAUCAACCUUUCAGUCAUUGGUCAGUACGUGGAUUAUCUUGUGGAAAAACAGGGAGUGAAGAAUAUUUUUGUGAAUGGCACCACGGGAGAAGGCCUGUCUCUGAGCAUCUCAGAGCGCCGCCGGGUCGCAGAGGAGUGGGUGACAAAAGGAAGGAACAAGUUGGAUCAAGUGGUAAUUCAUGUAGGAGCCCUGAGCUUGAAGGAGUCCCAAGAACUGGCCCAACAUGCAGCAGAAAUUGGGGCCGAUGGCAUCGCUGUUAUUGCACCUUUCUUUCUCAAGCCACAGAACAAAGAUGACCUCACUGCUUUCCUAAAGGAGGUGGCUGCUGCUGCCCCGGCGCUGCCAUUCUAUUAUUAUCACAUCCCUGCCUUGACAGGGGUAAAGAUUCGUGCUGAGGAGCUGCUGGAUGGGAUUCAGGAGAAGAUCCCCACCUUCCAAGGGCUGAAAUUUAGCGACACAGAUCUCCUAGACUUCGGACAGUGCGUUGAUCAGAAUCGCGAGCGACAGUUUGCUUUCCUUUUCGGGGUGGAUGAGCAACUGCUGAGUGCUCUGGUGAUGGGAGCCACGGGAGCAGUGGGCAGUUUUGUAUUCAGAGAUUUAUCAACUUUGUGAUCAAACUAGGUUUUGGAGUGUCACAGACCAAAGCCAUCAUGACUCUGGUGUCUGGGAUUCCAAUGGGCCCACCCCGGCUCCCACUGCAGAGAGC